GGGCUUGUCUCGAGAGGAUGAGAAUUGAAUUGUUAGUGCUGCCAUAACUACUACAUGGUCUUGCUUGUGAAAGACUCUGGAAGUUACAGAAUAUCUGCAGAUAUCGAAUUCCAUCAUGUCAUCUUUCAGUGUCCUUGCUUCAUUUCCGGAGGAUAAUCUCCGGUGUCCGAUAUGUCUAAACGUCUUCAGCGACCCGGUCACCACACCUUGUGGUCACAACUUCUGCAAAACCUGCCUCAGCCAGCACUGGGACAAGAGUGAUUUAUGCAGCUGUCCGACGUGUCAUAAAAGAUUCCACAUGAGGCCUGAAAUCUCCACAAAUGUGGUUAUAGAGAAUAUUUCAGUCCAAAUAAAGAAGAGGAAAGUUGAGACACCUGAAAGCGCUGUUACUCCGGGGCAGGUGAAGUGUGAUGUGUGCGCAGAUAUAAAGUACAAGGCCCUGAAGUCCUGCCUGGUGUGUCUGACGUCGUAUUGUGAAGGCCACCUGGAGCCUCAUGGGAGAGUUCCUUCCCUGAUGAGACACAAGCUGAUCGACCCGCUGGAGAACCUGCAGGAGAGGAUUUGUAAGAAGCAUGAGAAGAUCCUGGAGUUUUUCUGCAGGUUUGAGCAGGUGUGCAUCUGUCUGCUGUGCUGUGAGACAGACCACAAAGACCACGAGACUGUGUCUAUUGAAGAAGAAGGGGCUGAACAAAAACAAAACAUUGAGUCCAAGAAAGCAAAGAUCAAAUUGAUGAUUGAUGACAGAAUGGAAAAGAUAAAGGAAUUCACAGACUCUUCUGAAAUGAUCAGAGAAAAAGCAAAUAAAGAGGUAGAUGACAGUGACGAGCUCUUCAAUACUCUGGUGAAUCGUGUACAAGUGGCCCAUACUGAACUAAAAUCAAAUAUCGAAACAAAGCUCCAAAAAUCCCAAGAGAGAGACAAAGUCAUGAUUGAGGAGCUGCAGGAGGAGAUCGCCCAACUGCAGAGGAAGAACUGUGAGCUGGAGGAGCUUUCACAAAGUGACGACCACCUUCACCUUCUGCUGACUUUGCAGGCCCUGAGCACCAUAUCAGACACCAAGGACUGGUCUAAGAUCAAGGUUUACCCAGACCUGUACAUGCAGACGCUCAGGAGAGCCAUGACUCAUCUUGUGCACACUUUCCUGUCACAACUGAAAACCCUGACAGACCUGGAACUGACCAGGAUGAGACAGUACAAAGAGGGUGUGACCUUUGACCCAUUCACAGCGGGUUGCUGCCUUGUGGUGUCUGAAUGUGGGAAAGUAUUAAAGUACAACAAAAUGUCAAGCCCCUCAUCGUCUGAUGACAUGGAGAGGUUCGACUGUCCCAUGGUUUUGGGGAAGAAGGGCUUCACCUCUGGGCGUCACUACUGGGAAGUCCAAGUGGGCCUGAGAACGGACUGGGACGUUGGUGUUGCAAAGGAGACGGUAGACCGAACAAGCGUCACGCCGAAAAAAGAAAAUGGCUUCUUCGCCAUAGGAAAGAGGUGUUCUGAAUAUCGAGUUCAAUGUACACCCUACACACUCCUCCACCUGUGUCCCAGGCCAACAAGUGUAGGUGUGUAUGUGGACUAUAUGGAAGGCAGAGUCUCUUUCUAUGAUGUCGAAAGGAAGUUGCACAUACAUUCUUUCACAAGAGAGUCUUUCACAGAGAAGCUGUUCCCGUACUUCUAUCUGUACAGCUGGGCUAAGAAAUGUAAGCCUUUGGUUAUAACCCCAUUGUGA